CUCCAGACAACAGCGAGAGGAGACUCGGCGAGUAGCAAAGCUGGGGGCUGGGCGGAAGGGGCAGGCAGGGAAAGGAGCAGGAUAAUGGGGCACAAAGCUGGAGUGGGGAAAGCUAAUCAGAAGUAAUGUAGGCGGGGGAGCCUGCUCCAAACCCUCCUCCCCAUGCUCGAGGCUUUAAAUGCUUCUAAUCACCCUUCCCCAUCUGGUCCAGCCAGGCUCCAUUACCCGCCUGUCCUCGCCCACCCCCUAGUUAACCUGUUCUCUUCAGCAAUCCCCCUCCGAACAACCCCCAGGCAUCUUACUCCAGGUGCUUCCCCUGACUCUCUCCAGUACCCAAAUCCCCACCGAUUUCCCCAGUCCCCUGCCUUCGCCAUCCCCCGCUCAUCCUCGCCCCAGUCCCGCUUCUACAGGGCACAUUGGAGAGGCUCCUGCCGCACCCCCACCCUGCCCCAGCGGGGGAGCACCCAGAGAGGGAAAUCCGUGACUACGGCCGGUGAGAAAUGUCCCACGUCAAGCUGCGCAAAACCAAGACGUGGGUCCCUUCGUAUACCACACUCGAGGCGCGAUACAGCCAACACACGUUCGGCUGAUCGCUGCUGUUGAGCACAUGACAGGAAAGUACGGAGGCUGCGGGGAGAAAGGGCAGAGCAAGUGAAGCAGAGCAGCCGAUGGGUUUCUGCUCCGUGUAACAGCACAGGCUCAGUAGUUUUAACAUAGACCAACACGUGGAUGAGAACCUUCAGACUCCCUCCAAAUAUUUUGAAUUAGAGAAGAAGAAAUGAAUCUUGCAAAGGAGAGUGGAACAUCCAGAGACAUAUAUGACUGGGACUAUGGUCUGUGGGAAGUUCGUUUGAAGUUAGUAGCAGCUGGUUUUUUUAUCUACCUGGGAGUAUUUCUUCUAGCUCACUGGUUGUCAUCAUGGAUCAGUACCAGUUAUCGCACUUUGUCAGGAAUGGAGAAGGCCUUCUGGAAUAUGGAUAUGACACGUAGCCUGUUUGCAGUUCAGAGUUGUGGAGCUGGCUUGUGGGCCUUGCUCAUAGAUCCAGUAUUUCAAGCUGACCAAGUGUAUUCACAGCAAAAGUGGAGCUAUUUUCAUUGCUUAAUAGCCGCUGGCUUCUUUUUACUUGACAAUGUAGUUCUUCAUGUGUCUAAUAUUGUUUUCAGGAUUUUUGAUGUGUUCUCAGUGCUUCAUCAUUUAUUUGCAUUUGGUGGGAUUCUUGUUGUGAUAACAAACAUAACGUCUGGACACUAUCUAAUCCUGAUGGGACUGCUACUUGAGAUGAGUUCUCCUUUAUCCUGUCUCUCCCGUGUGCUUUUAAAGACUGGCUAUGCUAACACCUUUUUGUGGAAGGCAAACGAAUGGAUACUGAUCCACAUGUGUCACUGCCGCAUGGUCCUUUCUUAUCACAUGUUGUGGGUGUGUAUUUCCAAUUGGAAUGAUGUGGUAGACAAUAUUGGACUUCCAUAUUUUAUUGUCUUUGUCAUGGGGUUAAGUAUACUUACAUUAAUAAUUAAUCCAUACUGGACAUACAAAACAACUGAGAAGUUCUUCCGUCCAGUUGAUGGUGUGAAAGUAGAAUGAAUUAUAUUGUAAAAAUAAGAAUGGAUUAAAGAAAUGUUGUAUGUACCUUUAAGCAGAAAUAAGAAAUGUUGAAAUACAGGUGCCAGGAAAAGAAACAUUAGGCAUAA